AUGAAUUUUAUACCUGUUCCAAAAUAUCAACCUAAACCAACACCAAGGAAAAUUAAAUUCACUCCAUCAUCCAAUAAUAUUAAACAGAUGGUUCAAGCUUUCUAUUGCAAGUUCGAUUUUGAAAAUGGAAUCGACGACUGGGAGAAGACUGGUACAGUGUUUGAUAACCAGCCGACAUACGGUGAUAAUCCUACAGCUCGUGGCAGAGACCAGCCAUCCAAUCAUCAGGGAGACUGGUGGAUUGGAGGAGCCGAGCACCGACCUAACAAAUCCUCAGUACCAGGAUUAAGGCAACCAGGAAAUGGAGACGGCCCCCAGGGAACCCUGACCUCCCCAGCGUUCGAAAUUAUUGGUCCAAUAAUCUCAUUUCUUAUUGGCGGAGGUUGUGACGUAAACGUUGUUCGUGCUGAAUUGAUUGUUGGUGGCCAGGCUGUGAAGAAUGAAACCGGCGAUUGUAGUGAGACAAUGACCCGAAAGGAGUGGAAUGUCAAAGAGUUCAUUGGUAACAAUGCUCAACUUCGACUGGUCGACCUCAGCUCUGACGGUUGGGCACACAUCAAUUUCGACGAUCUGAGAGGAAACAUAAGCUGCACAGUCUGAGAAAAAAGAUGACGGCCUAAACUGAUCAGAGUAUUAUUAAUGACCUUCUAUUGGUCACCAGUUGUAGUUACUUGACAUUGUUCGAGUCACGUUUCUCUCAUGUGAUCUACAAAGCAGUACUGAUAGUUUGUU